AUGUGUGUCCAAUAGUGCGUGUCCAAUCGAGCGGUGUCCAAUCGUUACGUGUCCAAACGGGAUACGCCCUAACAGAAAGAGGGUUGCUCCAAAACGAGGAGUUGUGAUAAAACCGAUAUUGAGCGAUGGAUUUAAUGUUCGCGGACAGGUGGAUUUAAUUGAUUUCCAAUCGUGUCGUGAUGGUGAGUUCAAUUGGCUACUGAACUAUCAAGAUCACGCUACCAAGUUCUUGCACCUUCGACCCUUGAGAUCCAAGAACGCAGUUAACGUUGCUGAAGAAUUGCCGAAAAUCUUCUUUACAUGGGGAGCCCCGACUAUUUUACAGAGCGAUAACGGUCGAGAAUUCGUGGCUGCAGUAAUACACGAACUUGUUUCCAUCUGGCCUCACUGCAGGAUUGUUCAUGGGCGUCCGCGACACCCAAGGUAGUGUCGAAAGGUCACAUGCGGACGUUGAAAACAUGUUAAGAGCCUGGAUAAUCGAUAAUGAUUCGACAAAUUGGAGUCGUGGUUGCUACGAAGUCCAAUGGCAAAAGAAUACAUCGCGACAUAGAGUCAUAAACAGGAGCCCGUACGAAGCUUUACUUGGACCGAUAAAAAGCGGCAUAAGAAAUACGUCUUUGCCUGAUGAAAUUUUAAAUUCACUUCAGACAGAGGAAGACUUGGAGCAAACUCUCGAGGAGCAGAAUGUACAAUUAAACGCGAGGUAAUUGACUUAAAAUAAAUAUAAUAAAACUAGAUAAAUAUAAUAUAAUAGAACUCAUGUAGUAAUUUGUACUUGAGUGUUGAGCAGUGCUAAGACGUAGGCAAGAGAAAGAGGGUGCAAGAGGAUGAAGAAGAGGAAGGAGAGGGAACACAGAAGAAGCGAAAGAUAGACGUCUCGAGCAGUAUUCUUUGCACAAAGUGCAAAAUGGAAAUGCAUAGCGGACAGGCUGUUAUCUGUUCAUUGUGCGCUAGGGGCGAACAACUACUUGACACUCGGUCAAAUUGCUUCGAGCGUCAAAAGGCAGAGGCCGAAAAAAUGGUUACCUUUUCGAGUAUCACUUUUCCACCCCUUCAGAUCAACGACACCAUUACAUUAUCUGUUCCCACUGUAGACCGUGGGCCUCUAGAUUUUAAUAACAUAUUUGGCGUUGUAACUGAUUUAAAAAAUGACGUAUAUAAAAUUAGAACCAAGGGUGGGGUAUUGAAAGGGUGGUUCUCUCUCUCUCUCUC